AUGCUUGAGAUUGGAUUCGAGGUGGAUCUGUUUGAGCGUCCGGCCGGGACGCAUCAGACACCGAUGUUCUGCUCUUUCGAUACCGGACCAGAGGGCGGCUGCCGGCAGCCUUCCUGCCGCUGGAUUGGGCGGAUCAACUGUGUGCGUCUUGCAAUCAACGUGGCGGUGGGGACGCAGGACACUGUCACAUGGGGUGGUGUCGCCACAGAGAAGUUGCAGAAUAAUGCCAGGAUCAAACUUCUCAGACUGGUGGAGAAAAGGAGGGAGUCUAUUGAGCCCUCUAAUUAUGACAGAGCUUAUCACUGGAAUCAGGUUGACCCGAAAUACCUGAUGGAGCCGCCAGAAUGUCACAAUCCAGUCAGUGAUGAUCCACCUCUGCUCAACCCUCAUUAUGCCAUUCGACUGGCGAGACCUGACGAGACGGAGAGGAGCUCCCUGCUGGAUGAAGUCCGUCACAGUGACUACUUAAAACACCAUCUGCAGGAACUGAAGUCACUUUCCAUCAGGCAUCGGAGCGAUACUGUGACCUGUGAGCUGUGUGACGUGCUGUGUACCACUCCAAGAACACUGUCUGCCCACCUACAGUCAGACUCCCAUCUUGCCAAAGAGAGCAAACUGUAUGGCAUAUAUCACUGAUGGGCCAUCGUACUUGUAUACAUCACAGACAGCCCGCCACUCUAUGGCUUAUGUAACUGAUCGGCCAUCGAACUUAUAUACCUCACAGACAGCUCGCCACUGUAUGGCUUAUAUCAUUGACUUUCCAAUACUGUAUGUGGCCUAUAUCAUUGACUAGUCAUCGAAGGUGAAUACUAAACAGAAAGAGUGCCACUGUAUGGCAUAUAUCAUUGACUGGUCAUCACCAGUAUAGCAUACGGACAGGGCACCACUUUGUGGCUACUGUCAUGGAGUAGCCAUUCUACCACCAAGGCUUGGUGCCACUAGUACUCCACAGACCGAGUGCCACUUCAUGGCUUCAGGUCAAACAGGACAUCAUCUGUGAUAGCUGUGCCAAAUAUCCCAUUCUCAGGAAGAUUCUGAUGUUGGAGAUGACUGCAGACUGCUUCAACUAUACCAUGUGCAAGACCCACUUUGUGCUUGACAGAACGGUUGGAGGUUAUUGUUUUUAUCAGUUUUCACAAGAAGUGAAAGUGGCAGUGUGUCGUUAUUUGUUUAACUGAACUGCAACUUGUUUUGUAUUUCUUCCAGGUCCCUUAUUUCACAGAAUAGUUGUAAGUGACCAUUGAGUGAAGUCAGAUAAGUUGCCCCACAGACGACUGGGGAAUAUACACUAUAUUUCCCUUUUGUUUAAUUGAUUGUGCUAUGGUCAUAUUCUGUUUGUGUACUUUUUCCAAAGAUUAUGGUAAAAGUACAAAAAAUUGUAA